AUGACAGGCGCCGCCAACAAUGCCGCUCACUCCGCCGCCAAAAUCCCCUUCCAAGCGGACGAACUUACGUUCGCGAACCCGGCAGAAGCAGCUGUUCGUAGUAACCCGACCAGCGCGACGGAGCACGGAGAUGGGAACGCGGCGAAGGUUCCAGGAAAGAGGCUCAUCAGGCGAAUGGAGAGCAGCGAUCCGUUGGCGCUACUGAAGGCGCUCGCCCCAAUGCAGGUGCUCUUGGGAGCGGGCAUGCUCACGGCGCUUGUCCUCCCCCGCCCCCUCGCCCUCGCCCUCACGGCCGUCGCCCUCCUGCCGCCCAUUCUGCGCACUGCGCUGCACAGCUGGCGCUGGAGCCACGCCAGGAAGGGCGGUUCCGGGGGGGGUGCAUCUGGAAGAGAGGGGGAGACGGGGGAGAAGAGGGAGGGGAGGGCGGAGGGGAAGGGGGAGGGGAAGGCGGAGGGGAAGGCGGAGGGGAUUAAGGGGGACGUUGGAGCUGAGAGGGAGGGGCUUCUGGGGGAGGUGCUACUUGAGGCAGAUAAGGCAAUGGCGAAUGGCAAGGAGAACGGAGUCAGUGGGCGGCACGAGGCGGCAGCUUCCGGAAACUUGUUACCUGUGAACGGGAUUGACAUAUUCCAGGGCCGGAUGGCUGGCAAGAUGGAUGGCGACUUUUGUCUGUUUCUGAUCGGGGCGAGAGCUAACAAUCCCUUCCCACUGGGCCCGUCCUUUGCUUCGGUCGGGGAGGUCUUCGGGCAAGCUGUGAGGGAGCUGGAGCAGGAGAGCGAAAAGUUCGGGUACCUGGGGGGCGACUACUAUGUGGGGAUGGACACGACACGUGGCUCGCAGACAUUGGCUGUCAUGUACUGGCGCUCAUACGACCACCUUGUCUCGUAUGCCAACGACCAGAACCUCGUGCAUGGCUCAGCAUGGAAGCGAAUGACUCGGUUGUUGAGGGACGGCCCUGACAUCGGCGUGUGGCACGAGUCAUAUACAAUCAAAGCUGGGCAUUCUCGCUGUCUCGCCUUGUUGCAGCGUGAUCGCAGCACCCUGGUGUACUCCAGCACCGCAGCAGUCUUAGUCUCCCCAGUCGUAACGAAAACAGGGUUAGUCCCCAACCCCCAGACCUUAUUCCCCACCUUAUUCCCCUCCUCCUCCUCAGAUGAACUCCCUUCCCUCUCCUCUCCCGUUGCCAUCUCCGGCCUUCGCGAUUAA